GCUCAGGUAUUCUCUUGUUUGAAAGUAGUAUUGUUUGCGGUUGGUGGUAAUGUAGCCUAAGGAAAUGGAGAACGAGCAAAUUAAAAGUUUUGAUGGUUCUUCCCGUUCUAAAAAAGCAAGCGUGUGGUUGAAGGCAAAUCCAAUAUCGAAACUAUUCUUUUGUUUCCUGAGUCCACUCUUUAACAAGGGCUUGACGGAGCAUCUGGAAGUGAGCGACCUUCAUGAUAUUCUACCAGAAGAUGCAGCCCAAAAUCUGUCAGAGAAGCUCGAAAAGGAGUGGAACAAGGAGCUGCGGAGUGCUAGCGAAGAUGGUCAGUCACUGCCGAGCCUGCGACGCGCCAUGUUCCGCUGCUUUGGAAGACAGUCAAUGCUUCUGGGUCUCCUGCUACUUAUGGAGGAGGCUGUGAAGGUGGUGCAGCCACUCCUCCUUGGUGGUCUGGUGCGCUACUUUGCAGUGGGCGGUAGUGUGCCAAAAAGCGAAGCAUACCUUUAUGCGAUGGGCAUCAGUCUGUGCGCUCUGUGGCUCAGCAUCGCUCGACACCCAUACAUGUAUGCACUGCAGCACCUAGGCAUGCAGCUGCGUAUUGCGUGCUGUGCAGUCCUCUACAAGAAGUCAUUACGGAUAUGCAACAGUGUCCUGUCCUACACGCCACCAGCGGAAAUUCUCGGGCUCUUAACUAGUGAAAUCAACAAGUUUGACCAGGCCAUCAUUUUCUUCCACUAUCUUUGGGUGGGCCCACUAGAGGCCUUGGCAAUUGUGAUACUGCUCUACUGGUACAUUGGGCCUGCAAGUUUUGCUGGAUGUGGCGUACUGGUUGUGUUACCUUUCAUGCAGAAUCUCAUGGGCAAGUGUUUCACACAGCUUCGACAGAAGACUGCUGUGUACACUCAGGAAAGAUUGAUGAUCAUCGUUGAACUGAUCCGUAACAUCAGGGGUGUGAAGAUGUAUUGCUGGGAACGAAUGUUCACACACCUGAUCGGCAAAGCAAGAAGAAAAGAGAUGGCACACAUGAAAAUGACGUCCGUUUUGCGAGCUCUCAACAUGGCGGCUUCGUUUAUUUCUGCACGGCUUGUCAUAUACCUGAGCGUGCUCAUAUACGCACUGCUUGGAAACAAGAUGGACGCUGAGCGUGUCUUUGUCGUCGUUGCCCUCUUCAACGUGCUCAGACUUGUGAUGACCUUCUUCUUGCCCUUCUCUGUGCAGCAGGUCAGAGACAGCAGGGACAUCAUUAAGAAACUGGAGAAUUUUCUGCUGUUGGAGGAGCUGACGUCAAGACCACUGCAGACCAGCUCCCUACAUCGCUGCCCGCAUGACCGGUGCAUCGCAAUCAAAGAUCUCACUGCUUCAUGGGAUAAGUCUUCCAAGAGUCCGACCUUAAACAUGAUCACAUGUACUGUAGGAUCUGAUGAAUUGAUGGCAAUUGUGGGACCACCGGGGGCAGGGAAGACGUCACUGCUGAUGGCAGUGGUUGGGGAAUUAGAGGCAUCUCGAGGCACUGUGGCAGUGCAUGGCAGGUUGGCGUUCGUGUCGCAGCAGCCGUUCAUCUUCCACGCGACGGUGAGGCAGAACAUAACCAUGGGGUCGGCCUUCGAGUCGGAGAAAUACGAGAAGGUGGUGCGUGCAUGCGCCCUGAAGCGCGACAUCGACCUCCUUCCCCACGGUGAUCUGACGGUGAUUGGUCAGAGCUGCACAGAACUGCAGAAAGCGAAGAUUAACUUGGCUAGGGCUGUGUACUACAAUGCAGACGUGUAUCUUUUGGAUGAGCCGUUAGCACCAUUUGAUGCCGAGACUGCUAGAUUCCUUUUCGAAAGGUGCAUCAACGGCCUGCUCGGUGGCAAGUGCCGAUUUAUGGUGACCAGUGAUAUUCAGCUGCUAAAGUUCACCAGCCGUGUGAUGAUCCUAAAAGAAGGUGAGGUGAUCGGUAUCGGCUCACACAAUCAGCUGCGCACGGCUGGCGUGAACUUCACGUCGGUACUCGAGGACGAGGAUGAGGACUUAAUCCUGCUGCCGGUGGCAUUGCCUACUAGCAAGUAUUCAAGCAUUUGCAGCAGCCAGGCAGGCUCGAUCCUGAGUCUGCGUACGUUUGCAGCCGUUGGGUCAACAGAUGUUGAAACCCAGCCGGAGAUGCUGCAGACAUCUUUCCCAGUGAUGGAGGAGGAGGAGGAUGGUGAAUACGAAGAUGAUGAGAGUGAAGGCUUCUCUACGUACCAGGGUUACUUCACAGCUGGAGGUGGCAUUCUCGUCUUCAUCCUCCUGCUGUUCUUCAAUAUCGUUGCUCAGGGAGCGGCCACCUUCAGCGAUGUUUGGCUUGCAUUCUGGUGUGACAGCAAUGAGGCUGAAGAGUUUGCUUUGAAUGGCACUCGUCCCUUCGCGCAAGGAUUUGGAUUAAAUGAGAACAUCUACGUCUAUUCUGGCAUCGUCGGAACGCUCGCUGUGUUUGGCCUCCUCAGGGCGCUCCUGUUCUUCCAUGUCAGUAUGCUUGCAGCAUGCAAUCUACACUCAACAGUGUUUGGAAAGAUCUUGAAAGCUCCACUGUGCUUUUUUAUGCUCAACCCAUUAAGCUCUCUCAUCAGCCGCUUUACACGUGAUGGAGUUAUAUUGGAUGAUUUGCUACCUUUCACAUUAUAUGACUUUUUUGAGUGUUUCUUGCAAGUGCUGGGUUGCCUGGUUGUGGUAGCAGUGUUUCUGCCAUGGACGUUGAUAGCCAUGGCUGCGUUAAUCAUUACAUUUUUCCUGCUGAGAAUAUACUACCUGCAGACUGCCAAAGAUAUCAAAUACCUCGAGACCAUAACUCGGAGGCCUGUGUAUAACUACCUGAGCUCAAGUCUAAUGGGCCUUCCUACUAUCCAUGUGUACAACAACCAAGACUACUUCACUCAGCUACUGUACUGCCACCAAGACCUACACAGCUCUGCCUGGUGGCUGUUCCUGGUGACUUCUAGAUGGUUUGCGAUACGCCUGGACAUGGUUUGCACAAUGCUUGUGACAAUCGUUUCAUUCUGCACUAUAUUCACCGCAGAUAGUCAAAGCGCUGGAAGUGUUGGUCUGACGGUGACAUAUGCGAUAGCUCUGUUCUCAUACUUUCAGUGGAUGGUACGGCAAAGUGCUGAAUUGGAGUCGCAGAUGGCAUCAGUGCAGCGGAUGCUAACAUUCCAAUCCAUCCCAUCAGAAGCACCAUGGGAAAAUGAAUCAGAAAAACCUCCGUGUUACUGGCCACAGCAUGGCAUUGUGACAUUUGAAGGAGUCUACUUCAGCUAUUCGCCUGAUGGAGCUAGAACACUCAGAAAUGUCUUUGCCUGUAUUAGAGCAAAGGAGAAGGUUGGGGUAGUUGGGCAGAGCAUCAGUGGUAAAGACUCCAUACCAGCUGUGUUAUUCAGGCUAGCUGAGCCCAAAGGCACUGUGAGGUUUGAUGGUGUGGACAUAUCACAUUUGGGUUUGCAUGACUUCAGGAGAAAGGUGUCCAUCAUACCUGCAGACCCAGUAAUGUUCAGCUGCAGUGUACGCAUGAAUCUAGAUCCAUUCCAAGACCACACGGAUGCUGACUUAUGGGAUGUACUUGAAGAAGUGCAGUUAAAGCAAGCAUUAGAGGAGCUUCCACAGAGGCUGGACACUGUGCUCUUCAACAGUGGUGCAUAUUUUAGUACUGGUCAGAAGCACCUGUUCUCACUCGCACGCGCCAUCCUCAAGAGCAAUCGCAUUCUGAUUAUCGAGGAGCCACUGCCUACAAACAUUGACUACAGAACGGAUAUGGUCAUACAACAAGUGGUGAGGCAGAAGUUCCAGCACUGCACCGUCAUCACGAUUGCAAACCGACUCAGUGGCAUCAUGGACUCUGAUCGUGUUAUGGUGCUAGUAGAUGGUAGAAUCAGAGAGUUUGAUGAACCGUUUACACUACUGCAAGAUGACAGCAGUCUCUUUUACAAGAUGGUGGAGACAUCUGGUGGCAGGCGUGAGACUGAGCAGCUGCUUGAUAUUGCGCGGCAAGCAUACCUCGUGAGAAAUGCACCUGACGUUACUAAAGGUAGUAGCAUGUAUAAUCAACGCUCUGCUAUGGUUGGCAUGGGCCCAUGUGUCAGCAUAGGAUCUGAUGACCUCGACAUUGAUGAUGGGAACUGUGAAACUAUGGUAUGAUAAAUUGCCAGGAUGACUAGGAGUGAAUAUGAAACUUUACUAUCACAAUUAAUUUGACAGACAAGGAAAGUUAUUUAUUUCAUAAAUAUUGUGUGAUAGUAACAACAUCAUCGGUCGUGAAAGAAAUCAAUCGAUCGUUAGUGGAGAAAUUAAUGUCCAUCACCACCUAUUACUAAGAAAUUGGGUGAAGUGACUAAACAAAUCCAUAUCUAUUUCCAUAUAUAUCCAUAAAUCCAUAUGUGUACGUGGCAAUCAAUAUAUUUCGUAACGAACUGCAAUUGGGUGCCGAAUUGGUACACCAUUGUCCAUGUGUUGUACACUAUUUACAUGUUUAGUCUGUGUUUUGUCUGUUUUUCCAAUUUCAUAGUGUAUGUUGUAUACCAACUAUACCAAGUUCUCUAUACUAAGUCCGCAUCUAACAUCAUGGUUACCUUCUUGUAAAGCUCAACGGUACUGGAAUCGAGUUCCUUCCUUAUUCCCGUUACCUUUCCAGUGACAUUUUCACUUUUGUUCAUGCAAAUCUAUAUAAUAGUUAUUGUUAUCAAGUGCACACUAUGCUAUUUGCAGAUUGUUGGAAAUUAGUUUUAGUUUAGCGAGUGCUAGAGCAUGUUGAAAUGUUCAUUUGGAAUAAUAAGGCAACAGGCGUGAAGAUAACUAUGACUAGGAUAGAUAAUAAUUACAUCACUGUAUGUUACUAUAAUCACGACAUUCAAAUGUUGGUAUUAUUGUAUAUGCAGCAUAUCUGAGUAAUAUGAUCUCUGGCUACUUAGUUAGAUACUGGCCAGUAUAUCAGGGUGGCCUUUAAGCCCACGCAUUCACCUUGGUUUCAUAAAACUAACGUGCCUUCUCCACGAAAAUGCCCUGAAUCCAACUAUUCUAUAUUUGCAUUAUUUAUGAUAUAAUUGUUAUUCCAGCUUUUAGAAGAUUAGAAAAAGGGUUUAUAUAUGGUAAAUUUAACAAUCUAGACCAAAGUAACACGUAUUCCUAAGUAGGAAUAUAACCACAUAUCUUUAUAACUUCAAUGUUCCAGUUUCUGACUUUUAACAUUGAUGUCUGUGAUGUCACUGUGUUUCGUGCAGUUAACAUUUGUUCCACAUGUUCCAGUUGAGGUAUUAUUUUAAAUGUAAUCUGCUCUCAUGAAUACUUUAAAUAGUAAUUAUGAUAACAGUAACGUAUCUUAUAUAGAAGUAAUAUCUGAAUCAUGUGAAAUUAAAGAUUGCGUUGUCAUAUCUUAAAGGGGUACAA